AUGACUCCAAAUUUGAUUGCGUCAGAUUCCAACCGAGCAACGGCAACCACGUGUGUCGUAUGCAUUUUAUGCAAUCAUAGACGGCGGUACACCUCGUCACUUCUCAAUUUCUCAUUCAUCACGAUUCACGAAGAUGUAGACAAUUCAAUGAUUCAUGCAUCUAUAAGGUUAUUUGAUCGCGUCUUGAACUGUUGCAAUUCAGUUUUCGUUGAGUGA